UUAUAUUCAGUAAUAUGGAAGAGAACAGUUGGCUUACUAAACUUUGUGAUGAAGUGAAGGAUAAUUACAUAAAGGCAAAUAAGAAGCAUUCAAGAUCCAACCCAUCUGAGCUGAGGAGUUUAUACCAUUCAGAUGAGAUUUCUUUUAAUUUAAAGUAUAACAUGGACGAAAUCUUACAAGCUAAUCGAGGAGUUUUAGAAAAUACUGAUGAACUUAGUGAGGAAUAUUUGCAUUCCAAUUCCAAAUCUCGGUCAAACACCCCUACUUAUGAUGGCUACAGCACUGGCAGAGGGAAUUUUGGAGCAAAUUAUCACCAGAGAAGUAACGCUAGAGAUAAUCUAGGUUCUGUUUCUGUUGGAGAACAAUCCUUAUCAAAGGAUAAAAUGUCUUGGAUAAAGGAGCAGAAGUAAAGAAAUGCUGAAGAGGUUUCAGUCUAUUAGGGUCUCUCAUAAAAUUCAAUUUGAGAAUGAAAAACAAAUGCUUAUCAACAAUCUUGAAGGGAUGAUCAAGGAAAAGAUUUUUAAUCUUGAAAGAGUAGUUGACAGUGAACUUCAGAACUUGAUAAACUAUAACUUCUACCUUAAAUCAAAGAUUUCCAAGUUGAAUAAACGUAUUCAAGGUUUCCACCUCUCAGAGCUCACAUCAUAUGUCACUGAUGAAGCUAACAGAUAUGAAGAGAAAUUAGAGAGAAAAGGGAAGCACAGAAUUAUGGCAAAGGCGCCUUUGAAUGACUUUAUUAGCCUGAAGAAUAUAAUCCAGGAAAACCUUACAUUCAUCACUGGGAAGCCACUGGUGAAAAACCAGUCUACCCAGGCUGUGGAUACUCAUCUUUUGGAUAAGAUUGAUGAACUGGAAGGAAUUAUUGGAGAUCUGCAUUUAGAAAUCAACGAAUUUGAGGACAAACAAAAAUUAAGAGAAAUAGAACACAUAAAGGAAGUCAUGAAGAUGAAUGAAGAGUUCCAAGUGGCGAAAGUUGAUUAUGAAGCGAGGAUUCGGGCCUUGGAGGCAGAUAAAUCUAAAGUUAUUCAAGAACUCAUGCAAAUGAAGAUGAUACUCAGAAGGCCAUACCUGCAUGAGCAGUAUAGGAAAGCUCAUUUUGAGUUGUUUAACAACCUCGAUUUGUGAAAAUUUGAGAGAAACAUCAAAGUGAUGAGAAGGAGGAAGAAGGUCAGAAGUAAAUCCCCGGAAACAAAGAAUGAAAUACUCGAUAUUCCCUUGACCACUCCAAAAGUCUUCCUUGAAUCUCAGUCAAGAAAGGAACUUACUGUUAAGCACAACCAAGACCUUCAAGAAGAUUUUGGGUAUCAGACAUCUUACAAGGAAGGAGUUGGAGAUACGAAUAGGGAUAUGAAGGCGAUAAGCUAUGAGAGCUACGAUCAAGGAUCUUGUACAAAAUUAAUUGUAGCAAAGCCCGGAGAUAUUAGACCAAUAGAGGGAGUAAAGUCUCAGUUGAAGACUCAAAGGUCUUCUACAACACCUCAGAUAUCUCGCAAAUCUAAAUGUAUAAAGCAAAUUUAUUCAAGUUAUGCUUACAAAAAUCCAGAAGAAACAAAACAGCCCCAAAAAUCUCGAAACAACCCAAGCAUUAGCUCCCAAAACAGCUGUUCUAAACUCGAUCCAAUCUUCCAAUAUUUUACCCCAAAAGUUAAAAAGGCUCCAAGCACAUCUCUAAAACAACGACGAUUACGAAUUAAAAAGCAAUUUGAUGGGAAUCCCUUGUUCAACCUCAAGUCAGGGUCCGUUGCUAAGAAGCAUAAAAGUAGAAAUAAGAAGAAGAAAACCUUUAUAACUAUCAUAUAAGCUAGAUCUCUCUGAUGUUUAUAUUUCAUUCAAAAAUUUCAUGC